AGCCCCACGGCAGUCUGAUUGGUGGAGUCGCCCAGGUUCUGGGUGGGGGGCUCAGCGCUCGGCUCCUUCAGUUCAGCACCGGUUUGGUUACAGCGGGGCUGGGGCAUCCCUGCAACCAGCCCUUCGGGCUCGUCUGUAGCUGGGCGCUCCAGUCGCUCCCGGUGCCGCCGUCCCCCUCUCCACGACCUGAGUCGGGCAUGUUUUCCAGGGCCCAGGUGAAGCGGGUCCUGCAGCGGGUGCCCGGGAAGCAGCGAUUCGGCGUCUACAGGUUCCUGCCCUUUUUUUUUGUCCUGGGAGGAACGUUGGAGUGGAUUAUGAUUAAACUGCGUGUGGGCCAGGAGACCUUCUAUGAUGUCUACCGUAGAAAAGCCUCAGAACGACAGUAUCAGAGAAGGCUGGAAAAUGCAUCAGAGACUGAACUUCAGCCGUCAAUAAAAAUGACUGACUGAAGGAUUUCUUCAUCAUCAUCAGUGACUCUGCAAUCCCCUUAGAAGGGCUGUUUGAGAAGCAGGAGAUGAAGCAAGGAUUCUAUAAGAAGACAAUCUUUCAAUGAGAACUGAACCAGAGGAAGAAGUGCACUCAGGACCAAAGAUGCUUUUAUAUGUGACUCAGAACUAGCAAUUUGGGAAACCUCAUUCACUGAUAAAAGAGGGCAUGGCCUUCUAGGCUGUAUUUGGCUUUCUGAGCACAUGUCAAAUUGUCUGAGUGGUGUGCGAGUAGGCCUUCUACCCCGUGGUCUGCUGAGUCUGGUCUCUGCCAUGUGUCCUGUGCUGCCACUAGGCAGUCAGGUGCCCAGGGACACGGGUGCUGAGCUGCCUGCUCAAUACACAGGACAGGGCCUGCUGCUGACAGCCCUGGGAUUCUCAGUGAGGACAGGCCUGCCCAUAGUGGGCAGCAGGUACCUCCUGGAACAACUGGCUGAGGGAGGAAAAAAGAGAAUAUGAAGGUGAGAU